UGAGAUCCGCCUCCAGUUGAGCUCAACUAUUGACAAGCUUCGUUAUAAGCAAUAACUCCGCAAAAGUUGGUACAAGAUGAUAUUACUUUUCCUUUUUCCUGUUCUGUUGCAUUCCUUUGGCUAUGCGCAAGCUAUUAUGGUCCAACCUAUGACAUGCGAAGCCUUCUGCUUGAGACAGUUAAAGCCCUUGACCUCCACCAUAGCCACACUGAAUAAUCAUUUGAGAGUAUGCGAGUCAAAGCACUCCAUCAAUGCCAGCGCCAGAGUGAAUAGAAUUGAUGAAGAGUUAAAGCAACAGAAAUUCACGAUAUUGUCUAAUUCGCAUGAGAUUUUCAAAAAUAGAGAGAAUUUGAGGGACCAAGGCAAAUUAAUUGAAAAGCGUAAGAGGGAAUUGCGACAACCCUUUAUUCAAAUCGGAUCCGGAUAUUAUUAUAUUGAACAUACAACGAAACUUAAUUGGUUUGGAGCCGUCCACGCAUGCCUUCGAUACGGUGGACAUUUGCUCAGGCUGAAUAAUAAAGAGGAGCUGGAUGCACUCAUUCCGAGACUACAAAAAUAUGGUACAUAUUGGACUGACAUCAAUGAUCUCAACAAAGAGAAUGAAUUCCUAUCGAUCACCACUGGUUUCGGAGCUGAAUUUCUUAACUGGGGAAUGUGGGAGCCAAAUAACGGAGGAGGAAUUGAGAAUUGUGUGAGCAUCGGUGGAUACAAUUUUAGAAUGAAUGAUUUUAAAUGCUCUACGAAGAUGAAUUUCAUUUGUGAGGCUUUUGAGGAAUAAUACAAAUAUGUGCGAGUGUACAAAAUAAAUACGAAAUAAAUGUGUUAAUAGUAAUAA